GCUGUCAAAAUAAAUGUCAAUGUCAUAAUGUGUAGCGAACAAUGUGAAAUAAAGCGUCAAGUAAUAAAAUAACACAUUCACGCGUUCCAAACUUAUUUUAAGUCGAAAUACAGUAACUGACAUGAUGUUAAAUCCCUGAGUUAUUUUAAAAUAUUUUGUGCUAAAGAUUUCAAAUACACGUUCUACGUAGUGAGAAUAUUAUAAUAAUGGCAAGGUCGCCGAAGGAUGAUCCGAGAUUUACGGAUACUGCAUGGAACUAUCAAUGUGAAACCGGUGAAAAAUGUGGCCUGAAUGAUAAUAAAGGUCCAAUUGCACCUAAUACAAACAUAAUAAACGACAGUUUGUAUACAAACCCCAAUUUCGCAACUGAUGUUUACAAGAACCAAUACAAUAUGCAAACGGCAGACUGCGCUCCCAAUAAGGAGGAAAAUGUACCAUAUAACUCGAUGCCGAAUGUCAACCGUAUGCAACGGCAAAAUUACGGUAAUGCAAUGCUUAAUUUAGGCAAUGGUCAACUAGUACGAGUGUUUUAUGAUGAAAACAAUCAGCAAUUGAUAUUCCCUAUGUCUGGUCAGUAUGAAUUGUUUAGUAGUAACCAGGGUCUUUGUGACGUACCAUUGCAAACUGCUCAACCCCCUCACAUGUUUACUCUGAACCAAGACUUUACUAUGGGUCAUAACAACUUGCAAACAUCAACAGCCACAAUACAAAAUGCUGUUUACAAUCAAGAAGGAAUGACUCAAGCAUCAAAUCAACCUACUUCUAACUUCUUAAAGGAAGUUUUAGGCAAUUGGGAGCCUAACUCAAGUGGCACUUAUUCACCAUUUGGGCAAAAUUACCCUUUGAAUCAUCCUGAUGCUCCAUCCUUGAAUAUUUUGCCUCACACCCAUAUCAAUGACAUCAAUACCCCAAUUAAACCAGACCAUUCUCCAAAGAGAAAUGAGAAUAGUCCCUUAGCUGAAACAAACAUAAAGAAACGCAUAGUAGCUGAGGUAAAACCAAUGCGUCCAAGCUACUCAGAUGUUCUCUCUAAGAAUACUAAGUCAACUCAAGGGGAAACUACAAAUAAAAUGAAACCACAGAAUAAUUUAGAAAAGAAACCAAACAACAAACAACAUUCUAAAACUGAUAAACCCUUGAAUAAUGUGAAACUACAGAACAAUGAUAACAAAAACAGAAAUGAAAAGAUUCAAAACAACAAUAUAUCUUCUGGAAGCGACUCAGGGGAUAUUAAUACCGAUGAUAAUGAGAAGUGCCAAAAACCAACAAAUAAAAAAUCUAAAAAUAAACGCAACAAUAUGUCUCGCAAGUGGUCAUCACUGGACGAUGUCACCAAUGAAGAUGAGCUAACUCCAAAUCAAGAGAAUGAGAGUCAAUUUGUGUUCAUAAAAAACCAACCUGAGAAACAAAAGAAAGAGAAAAAGGUUGAGAGGACCAAGGCUUGCGAUAAAAAUGUUGAAGAAGAGUACAAAGAUGAUGAUGAGAAGUCCCAAUUUGUGCUUCAAGACGGGCAGAACGACCUCAAGGCCAAGAAGAAGAAGGAAAUUCGAAGCUACCAUAAAGCAAAACCAGUGCAGGAUAAAAAGAAAACCACACAAACAAAAGUGCGUAGGAACAAGCCUGGUUAUAUAGGCCUCGCUCAAAACUAUUUGGAGCACUGGGGAGGGGCAACUUGGAAAGCACUUGUGUGGUUUUUGUACUUGCUAUCUGAUGUUUGCCACAUGAGCCUUCAUCUUUCUUUUGACUUAUGCACCUCUGUAUUUACGCAGUCAUACGUGAGUUGCCAAACAGUAUGGCGCAGUAGCAAGGAAUGGCUCUCCAAACUUCGCGACAACAAAUAUUUGACGUAUAUUGACAGGAAAUUCGGACACACACGUUUCGCGUUCUGGCGACGACUGAAAUGGUUUAGAAAAGAUAAAGAUUGGGAUAGUGACAAUGAAUCAAGCAAGCUUAACACAAACAUACCACUGCCUGCCACUGGAGAAGAAGCUAUGAAGAGAUUACUGGCAUGCCAAGGAAAGGACCCAUAUAGCAUUUUAGGUGUGAGUGAAUCGUGUACGGAUGAAGAAAUCAAACGCUACUACCGCCGGCAAGCUUUCCUCGUUCAUCCUGAUAAAAACCAGCAACCCGGAGCCGAAGAGGCCUUCAAGAUACUGCAGCACGCUUUCGACCUUAUUGGAGAGCCGGAGCGUCGCGAUGAAUACGAGAGGAAGGCGCAGGAGUCGCGCCACGUGGAGGCGGCGUGGAGCGAGUUCAGCGACCUCAUCGCGCAGCUGCACGACAAGAUGGAGUUUGCCGCCAAUACUAUCAGAUGCACAAAUUGCGGGCGGCGGCACAAGCGCGUGGCGACGGACCGGCCGUGCUACGCGGCGCGGUACUGCGCGCAGUGCAAGAUACGACACUCCGCUAAAGAGGGUGACAUCUGGGCCGAAUCUAGUAUGUGGGGUUUGCUCGUCAUGUAUUACGCAUGUAUGGACGGCGCCGUGUAUCAAAUAACCGAGUGGGCCACUUGUCAGAAGAAAAACCUGAAGCAACUGCGAGCGGACUGUCACAUAGUACAGUAUCGGAUCGUGCUCGGGAACAAGGCGGCGGCAGCUGAUGUCAACCAGAGGCCAUCUACUGGACACGAUCCAAAUCUCGAAGAAUUUUUGAACAAUUUGUACAACAAGUCUGGCGUAUUUCCCAACACUGCCAACCCAAAACAAGCUCCCACCGACAACGCGGAAGCGAAGAAACGACGCAAUAAAAAACCUAAAGCUUAAAAAAGAAAAAAAAUGUUUGGCUUGAACGCGCGAAAUUUAAAUUUAGAAUACAGUUGAAAAGAGACCUGACAUACCCCAUACAUUAUCUGUGAACAGUUGCCUUUGAUAAAGAAUAUAUAUUGCAGAAAAUAGAUUGUAUUCUAUAUAAUACUAUAUCUCAGAGCAAAAUAUACAAAUUAGCCCUUAAUGUGUUUAACUAAAGAGAAAAGUUCUUAUUUCAACUGCAGUUGCAUUAAUAUAAUCGUAUAAAAUUUUUAUGAAAAAAUCUAAUAUUUAAAGUGGUUGAUUUUUGGCCUUUUUUCUUUAGUAUAUCUUAAGCCAAUCGAAUAAUACUAAUCUAUGUCAUUUUAAUUGUUUAAUUUCUUAAUUAUCUUUGUAAAUGUAAUUUUUUCUUUCAAAUAACAACAGCUAGUGUGUACUAAAUAACGCUAUAUAAUGUACAAUGUAUACAUAAAGAUCACAUUCAUAUUUUUGAUGCUUAUAAUAUUCUUCAUUUACAAUAUUUUCAAAUGUUUAUGUAAGUAGCAUAAAGAGAAGCAUUUUUGCUUAAAAAACUCGCUUUGUGCUCUAAUCAAUUUAUUCAUUAUUACGUUAUAUUUUAUUAUAAAUACAACCCCUAACAUACAGAUCGCAUAUAUGUCAAAAACACCCAACACACCAUUGAAAAUCACUUGAAACGUAAUUAUGCUUCUCUUAAUGACAAUUUAUGUUUACACCAAAUAGUACAAUGUCGUUUGCAUUCAUAAUAUUUUAAUGUUAAAAUUACCGUUAACACUGUAAACGAGAUGUUGAAUUUAUUUUUGUGUGGUGUUCAUUAUAAGCAUAUAAUUUUUAUUAUAAGUCGACACUGAAUUUUGUGAAUUCAAAGAAAUGUUCUACUAAUAACACUCAAAUUGAGAUUAAAUACUGCAUUGUCUCAAAUUUGUUAGAGUAUUAAAAAAUCUGUCGAUUUAUUAUAAAUUUGAGUGGAUCGGAGCCGCACUGCCUUUAAGAGAUUAUAUUAGGUUAGAAGAGACCGCUGUACUAAUUGUGCGUAGGCGUUUGCGCUUCAUAUGUCAAUAAACAUGAAAGCAUA